GCCCAUUUCCCUUCGUCUGUAGUAAGACAGUAGUUCCCAGCGCACAGCGAAAUUUAUCAUCGAGAAGCACUCGAGCUAAGCUUUCGUUUGUACCGACAAAUUCGCUGGCUGAAGGAUCGAUGUUCAGUGCGAGGCAACCUGAUUUAUGCCAGUGGAGUGGACGAUUGUAGGGAAGCAGGACUGGAUUUUAGGGAUUGCGAGAGGAGUUUCUGAGGAGCAUGGCAGCUAGCGGGGCAUCAAGUGGCUUGGCAAAAUGGGCUUCUGAGCUAGCUAAGGGCGUACAUGGCUACUGGGCCAAUGGACGAUGGACGCCGCUGGCGAUCAGUGCGCGACGCAGGGCAAAAAUUCGGAAAGAAACUCUUCUAUCUGGCGGAGAGUGGACUUAUGAUGCCGAACGAAAGGAGAUGAAGACUUUCCUGAAGGGCCACAAGGUCGACCGUUUGGCUGAACAAAAGCGUGCCAAGACCGUAGAGCUAAUGGAGAAAAUGCCUCAAAUGCUUGCUGAGAUGAAGAAGAGGAGGCUUGAGAGGACCUUGAAAGCGAAAACAGAGAAAUGAAAAUGAAGGACUUUGCAGUAAAAUCUGCGCUAUGCUUGAUGAUACAUUCGGCACACCCAUAUGAGCUCGAUUGAAAGAUCUUUCGCGUAGUGCAUCAUGUUGGGCCUGAACGAAGAGGUUGGGCGUGGUUUGAGCAAAUUCAGCUGAUUACGGGACUUGAGUAGUAUUUUUAUACGUCGUGUCAGUCAGCUGAGCUCAGCACCAUCAUCUGAAUCUGAGUCAGCAGAAUCCAAGAUAAUUUGGUUUCAUGUGACUCGGUUAUGUGCCAACCAAUGCUCUCAUCCAUAUACAUUUCUCACGUAUUUCAUGACAAUAAAUGUCAUGAGGUGCCUAUUCUACCCUCCUCUGCACUUUCAGUCGUCAGGUUUGGCGGUUAGACACAUUCUGGUUGUCAAGGGCCGACAAUAGUUUGUAUCUCGAGCCAUAGCUUUUCUCCUGCACGUGUCACGCUCUCAUAUUACAGUAUAUCUUGCAUUCACUUGAUGUAUUCUUCCAAGAAUGUGAAGACAUCGUAUGAAAGUUGGAAAAAUAUUGUGAC